AUCCGUCAUUAUUAAUCCCACGUACAUAUAUAUAUAUCUAUCUCCGAAAGCAACGUUACACAGAAAUUAAGAAGGAACGAAGGAAGAAGAAGCUGAACACAAUCAUCAUCAUAUUUGUCAUUGGUUCAACAGUUACACUCACUCUCUCUUCUCUAAAAACCACUUCUUAACUCCUGCAUGCACUUCAUCACCGACACUUUCAUACAUAUUGUCCUAUCACCGACACUAUCAACAACCAACCAAUUAACCAACUAACUUUCAUAUCUACUGCCACGUGGCAUCACUAAAAUGAUCUCCGGCGGAGGAGCCUCCAGUACUGGCCGUACUGUGGUGGUUGGUGUGAAGAUGGAAUCUAACAGUACUCAUCAUAGUACAGAGUUACUUACUUGGUCUUUGGUUAAUGUUGCUCAACCUGGUGAUCUUAUUCUUGCUCUUCAUGUUCUCAGAAAUAAUGAAAUUGUGAAUCAAGAUGGGAAAUCUUCUCUGUUUUCUCUUGUCAAAGCAUUUGAUACUGUUCUUUCUGGUUAUGAAGGAUUCUGCAAUUUGAAACAGGUGGAUCUGAAGCUAAAAAUUUGCCGGGGAUCAUCGGUGAGGAGAAUUUUGGUUAGAGAAGCAAAUGAGUAUUGUGCAAGUCAUGUUAUAGUUGGAAAACCUCAAGGUCUUAGUAAAAUUAGGCCAUCUAUUUCUAUACAUAAGUAUUGUGCUAAGAAGUUAUCUAAGGAUUGUUGGGUUUUUGCUGUUGAUAAUGGGAAAGUUGUGUUCAAGAGAGAUGGAUCACCGGCUAAUCAUUCUGACUUAAAAGGUCGCCAAAUUGGGUUGUUCGGUUCGAUUCAAUGGAAAUUCAGUAUGAGUUUAAAAGUACUAAAUGACGAUACACACAUAGCGAUGUUCCCGGAUUCAUCUUACGGUCAUAGUGACAAGAACUCGUUGGCUAUGGUGCCUGUAAAGGUAACUGGUGCUGGUUCUAGCAUGAAAACUUUUCAUGACAGAGAAUCAAAUAAUUUGAAACCUGGUUGGCCACUACUUGGCAGAACUUCAUCGUCGAACAGGAAAAUUUCUGAAAGAUCGUUGUCUCGUCGGGUUUCUGUGGUCCAAUGGGCAAUGCAGUUGCCCUCUAGAAACCUUUCCUAUAAUAAAGAUAAAUUUUUGGGUCUAGAUAGCAAAAGUGGUGCUCUUGUUCCGGUGGAUGCCGAAAUAGGGACGGUUGCUUCACCUGAUCGCAAAUCGAUAAACGUUCCUAAAGAAUUGGAAGGCUUUCAUGAGAAAUACUCAUCUACUUGCAGAUUGUUUAACUACCAAGAACUUGUAUCAGCAACAUCAAAUUUCUUGCCUGAAAAUUUGAUCGGUAAAGGAGGAAGUAGCGAGGUUUAUAGAGGCUGCCUUCCUGAUGGAAAGGAACUUGCUGUCAAGAUCUUGAAGCCUUCUGAUGAUGUUUUGAAGGAGUUUGUUUUAGAGAUAGAAAUUAUCACUACUUUGAAUCACAAAAACAUCAUUUCCCUCAUUGGAUUCUGUUUUGAGGAUGAUAAUCUUCUUUUAGUCUAUGAUUUCUUAUCAAGAGGGAGUCUUGAACAAAACCUUCACGGUAAUAAGAAAAAUCCAAUUGAGUUUGGUUGGACUGAGAGAUAUAAGGUGGCAAUGGGUGUUGCCGAGGCUUUGGAAUAUCUGCAUAAUAAUGGCAACCAACCGGUGAUUCAUCGUGAUGUAAAAUCAUCAAAUGUGUUAUUAUCUGAGGAUUUUGAACCACAGCUCUCUGACUUUGGACUCGCUAAAUGGGCAUCAACCUCAUCAUCAUAUAUAACCUGCACUGAUGUUUCUGGAACUUUUGGUUACUUGGCUCCUGAAUACUUCAUGUAUGGUAAAGUAAAUGAUAAGAUUGAUGUCUAUGCAUUUGGUGUGGUGCUUCUUGAGCUUCUUUCUGGGAGAAAGCCUAUAAGUGGUGAUUAUCCUAAGGGUCAAGAGAGCCUUGUCAUGUGGGCUAGUCCAAUUCUAAAUAAUGGGAAGCUCUCACAAUUAUUGGAUCCUAGUUUGGGUGAUAACUAUGAUCAUGAAGAGAUGGAAAGGAUGGUCUUAGCCGCCACCCUUUGUAUCAGACGCGCUCCAGGAGCUAGGCCUCAAAUGAGCCUUAUCUCAAAGGUCCUUAAAGGUGAUGCUGAUGUAAUAAAGCGGGCAAGGGUAGAGAUUAAUGCUUUGAGAAAAUCAGAGUUGCUUGAUGAAGAAGCUUGUCUACCUUCUAACUUACAGUCACACCUUAAUCUUGCAUUGCUCGAUGUGGAGGAUGACACACUCUCGUUGUACAGUGUUGACCAAAAUGUCUCUUUGGAGGACUACUUGAGAGGCAGGUGGAGCCGUUCAUCUAGCUUUGAUUGAGAUAAUUCCUAGCAUAGGGCUAGAAGAAGCUUUGUUUAUUUCUUUUAUCUAAAAUCUUCUGUGAAUGUGUGUUGCGUAUAUAUGUAAACCGUCCCACGGGGAUUUGCGUCACAACAUGACGAACCAAAGUUCGAAUCCAUGCUGAAAGAGGUGUGCAUAUUUAAUGUUCGACAUUGCUCGAACAAGAUCACCUCCGGUGGAAGGAACUUAUGGAAAACCAAUAAUUAGAGGUGUACACAUGUAGUAUCCGACAAUCCGUCGAAUAAGAUUGCCUCUGCUAAAAAGUAAAUGUGGAAAACCAAUAUAUAGUGUCAACUUGUCCAUUAUCAUAAUUAGGUAUUUUCUAUGGAAAUUCAUUGAUGGGUUAGGAUGAGAGGUCGUUUGUGUGUGCCCUCCUCCUUCCCUUCAUCCGGGAAACUAUGCCUUGUAAUUUAUAAAUAUAUAUAUAUAAUCUAUUGAUCCCGA